AUAUUAUUGCAUCUAUCACCAUUCCACACGUCUUUUCUAUUCCGUUGUUUUCUGUCAUUUAAUAUCUACGUUACGUUCGAUUAAUCUAAAGAUUGAAAUAUUUCCGUGGUGAUUUGUUUUUGAAAAUGUACAUAAAGAUAAUUGUAUAAUUUACUACGGAUACAAAAGUUAAUAUACACUGGUGAUGUGAGAAUACAAAUCCUGAUGGAAUGGAGGAAUCGUCGGCAACCGCCGAUAUCUUUUUUAUCAAGCUUAUUAUGAACUGAGCGAGCAACAAGCGAAGCUCCUACCAAACGCUAUUAUGUCUGUGAUCGCGCGCCACUAGUGAUAAUUGCAUUGUAUUAAGUCCAUGUUUUGUGUCGUUGGACACUGUGGUUGUGUCGGCUAGUGCGUCCGCAAUGGAUACAUUACACGUGGGUCAUGGCCAUAGCAAGGGAUCCAGCCGGAGCCAGUCGCCGUCGGCCGCCGAGCUGGCGAGAGACCCCGCGGUGGUGACAGACGACGCUGUUAUCAGAUCCAGGGUUCAAUCACCUUCGACCGUUCAUCACGUUGUUAGUGAGCCGUCAUCGAGCUCGUCGUCUCGCCACGGCGAGCGCGUGACGCACCACGUCAAGUCUCACUCCAGAGAUCUCGGCAACAGUCCACUUUCAGCUAACACAACGGGCAACAGCUCUAGAGAUUUAGAAGACUCGCCGCAGAAGAAGAUUAUAUCAGGUCUGAUAGCACCAGGGGAGUAUGCGAGCGCUGUCUACAGCCCUAACGUAUCCUACAACCUGUCAUCGGCUGAUGAAUAUGGCUCUCCCAGUUAUAGAGGGCAAGACGGUGAUUAUCUGGACGAAAGCGACGGCAACUCGAAUGUAACGUCAUCCAAGGCUCUAGCAGCUAUUGCCCAUCUCAACACAAAAAUUGAGCGCACCAAGGACCUAAUACGUCUCGAACAGACGAUACGGGAUGACAAUGUGAACGAGUACCUGAAAUUAGCGGCAAACGCGGACAAACAACAGCUGCAGCGUAUCAAAGCGGUUUUCGAAAAGAAAAACCAGAAGAGUGCGCUCUGUAUUGCGCAGCUACAGAAGAAGUUAGAAGGAUACAACAAACGGAUCAAGAAUUGGGAACAACAUGGUACAAGUGGUCAAGCGCACAGACAACCUAGAGAAGUUCUACGGGACAUGGGACAAGGACUCAAAAAUGUGGGAGGCAACAUACGCGACGGCAUCACCGGCCUGGGCGGAAGCGUGAUGGCGGCGCCCCGUGAGUUCGCCCACCUGUUCUCGCGGUCCAAUCGCUUCGGCUCGGCGGAUAACAUAGCCCAGCUCGCCGAGAACACGGGUCCUUCCCCACAACACGCGGAGCUGAGAGCGAACGCGUCGUCUGAAGGGUCCCGAGCGUCUGAGGGCGGGGAGGCGGCGCCCCGAGGGUCCACGCUGCCGCGAGCCGCCACCUCACCAGCACCCAAGUUUUCACCAGAUGCUUCCCCCAGUUCCUCGGUCACAAGUGAAGGCGCGCCUUAUCCGACGCAAGCUGGCUCAAACAACAUGUCAGAGGCGGUGUUCAGUAUCAAGCCGAUCUUAAAUGAGCUGCGCGAGCGCAAGGAGGAUUACGAGAGGCUCGUUGAGAAAAUAGAUGCGCUCAAGAAUUUGUCUCAAGAGGUGUCCUUCCUAUCCGGCGCGCUGCAAGAAGAACGUUUCAAGACGGAGCGGCUCGAGGAACAAAUCAAUGAUCUCACGGAAUUACACCAGAAUGAGGUGGAAAACCUAAAACAAGCACUGACAGAUGUGGAGGAAAAAGUACAAUAUCAGAGUGAAGAGCGAAUACGAGAUAUACACGAAGCUUUAGAUCUCUGUCAGACCAAAAUCAGCAAACUGGAACAGUGGAUGGCGGGCGGGGGCGGCGGCGGCGGCGGCGGCGGCGGCGCGGGCGAGGCGGGCGGCGCGGCCGCGCUGCCGCCGCGCCUGCUGCUCGUCAAGCUCAUCAACGUGGCGCUCACGCUGCUGCAGCUCGCGCUGCUGCUCGUCGCCACCGUCGCCGGCGUCGCCAUGCCCUUCAUGCGCACCAGGGUGCGCGUAAUAACAACGAGCCUGGCGGUUAUGGUGGGUGUUAUGGUGCUGAAGCAGUGGCCCGAGGUGACGCAGUUGUCCGAACACCUGGUGCGGAGGCUCAAAGAGUAUUUGCUGGACAAACAUCACGACAGGUAUGAAUGCAGGUCGUUAUGUGGUUGAUUUUGUAAACCGUCGUUUCUAGGAAAGGAAAUUUCGUGAUAUUGCAAUUCUGUCCUUGGAUUCUCCAAACGAUAACUCAUAAUGCGGUGAUGUGGAUAAGUUGUAAUAAUAUUAAGUAUAAUAUGUUCUGUAGUACAGAUGGGGACCGCAAGCAGCAAGUUAUACGUUCCUAUUUGAUAAAAUUAUUAUAUACAUGUGAUAAUUACUCAUUAUGAAUUAGUUAAAUAUUUUGGAAUUCUGAAUAUGAAUAAGUUUAAAUUUAUAUAAUGGUGCUAACAGACAGACUUCGUCAUCUUUAAACGGAUCCCUACAUUUGUGGCUGUUCGAGAAUAGUACGGUAGUCUCGCCAGCACUAUCUGUACAGUACACGCUGGCGAGGAUAAUGUCAGGUCGAAAACAUUGGGAUGUUUGAUUAACCAGGAUGUUUUCCACGUGGAGCUUGACCUCUUGCUGACAAUCCAUUCUUGAUAUCUAGCUGUUUCAGCUUGAUAUCAGUAUAUAAAGCAUCUUAUUAAUUAAAAUAUAACCUACCCUUGUAUCGAAUUUCAUUCAGAUCCGUUCAGCUGUUUAAGCGUGAUUAAAAAAAAACAUACAGUCAAGUAUGGUGAAGUAAUUAAAAAAAAAGUAUAUUGUACUAUCAUUCUUUAUUAUCCUUAAGAAGUCGCGAGUAGCUUAGCUCAACAGCAUGACCAAGUGAUAAAGGCAUUAGUUUCUAUCUGUUAGCGUCAUUUAAUUAUAAAAAAAAACCAUGUUAUUAAUAAUAUCUGAGAGAGUGUAAACGUAUGUUUGUUUCACUCAGAUAAUGUGCAAGUCUACGGAGUCCGUAGAUAGAAUGUUUUAGGCUAAAAUUUAAUAUUCUCCACGGUAUAUUAUGUAUAUCGUGACUAAAUUGCCGCUUGUUGAUCCACACUGAGUGAGUGGUCCUCGAUUAAGUACAGUCACACUUAAUUGUUAUUGAAUAAAUAUAUAAUAUAAAACUUGUGCACUAUUUACAUAGUGCACUAUGUAACAUCAAAUAAAUUAAUAUAUAUACCGCAAAUUAAAUAGCAGCCCAUGAGGGGGUCACACAGUGUAUUUUGUAAUAAUUAUGAUUCAGUUCAUGUCUGCAGGCGAUAUUUACCACAUUCCAUUAGGUGGGCUAUCAACUUGUUUGUCAUUACUAAGACUUAUAAAAAAAUAUUUUAAAGUGUCAGUAAUUGUUUUUUUUUUUUUAUAUAUAUUUUCAUUUAUAUAUUGAUUUAAACAUUGAGAUCAUGUAAGGCAAUAGCGAAGCUAUAUUUCUAGUUUUUUUUUUUUAUUCUGUGAUUUUGUAUAUAUUUUUUGCAUUAUUGCAUUCAGAAAUUACUGUCUUUAAAAUGAAGAUAUCAUUUGCUCAAUAAAAACAAAAGAAAAUGAAAUAAAUACAAAAUCUUUAUGUGAGGAAAGUUAAAGAUCAUAGGGAUAUUUAUUUGAUGUUUUAGAUUAGAAAAAAAAAACAGCUCUAAGAACAUGUUUCCUCUAAACUUGCUUGCUACUAACAGUCCUUAUAAAUUUACUGUAACCAUGGGCUAUCAUUAAAAAAAAUUCAUCUCAAUUCUGACGGUGACUGUACUCAAUUGAAUUAAACGAAAUAAAACAUUUUUGUAUUAUUUAUAGGAACAAAUUUAUAUUUAUAAGGGGCUGGACCCUUAACUUGAUUUAAUACCAUGUUUAUGUAUAAUGCGAGGUACAAAUUACAUAGUCAACACGAUUGUUGAUUGAUUUUUUAUAAUUUUCACAGAAUUAUUGUAAUAAUUUUACCAUUGUAAUCGAUUUUAAUUCAAUUUGACUGUACUAUUAAUAAGAAGACGUGUUUGUACUAAGGCGUUAGAAUUCUCGACUGACUCUUGGAAAUGGUAUAUUUAUUGAUUAUAGACAAGUUUCACAGUGAUGUCAACGCAAUAAAAUAUCAUCGAAUAAAAUUUGUAAUCUCCUAAAUCCAUUUUAAAUGAAACACGAUUUUGUGACUAUGCCUAAUAAUAAAAAAGUCACCAUUUGAUUUUCGUUUUAAACGGAGUUACGAGAUUAUUAAAUUUAGCCGACGAUAUGUAUUACUUGUGAAAUCAAAUAUGAAAUGUGAUACGCCACUGCCCAUACAUCCAAAUCGUAGAGCGAGCAGUUUUUGUCCCGUCUAAUUCCACCACAUUGUUGUUAUUUUUUAAUUAUUAAUAAUAAUUAAUAAUUUAAUUGUGUGUGUUCGUUUUAGAUAAUAAAGAAUUCAAUAGAAUUUUGUUUAAUAUCUUAUAAUCUACAAAUGAGAUGAUUAUUGAAAAUUAAUAUAUAUUGAUUCAGUUGUUUUUUUUUUUGCACACUGUAUAAACCAGCGGUAGUGACGUCACUGAGCUCAGAUUGACUGUGGACGUAUUGAUUGCUAUGGGCUGUAACGACGUACAACGUUAUAACGUUGUAACUCGACUAAUUAAAUUAUAUCACUGAUUUAAUUAGUCGAUGAAAUACCCUAAAUCUAAAUCUAUCGCAAUUUUUUUUUAUUAAUAUUUUAAGGACAGUAUUAUGUUACACAUAACUAAGAAGUAAAUUUCAUUUCUGACUCAAACCUAUUAUACUAUUAUAUUAUUUACUUAAAAUAAUUAUUUCACUCCAAUGUCAAAUUGAUAUUUUAUUUUAGAAAUAGAAAAUGGCGAUUUAAUGUAGGCCGCAAUGUCCUUUCAAUAAUAAAAUUUCAGAUAUAUACGUUUUAUGAAUAAGUGUUUCUAAGGACUAUGUAAUUAUAACAAAUUGAACAACUGUACCUCGAUUUGAAGUCUGAAUUAGUUGAAAAAAAAGUAUCCGGAAUUUGAAGUCUCGAAUGCAAAUGGUGGGAUUCAGUGAUCAUUAUUUUUAAUAGUAGGUGAUGGAUAUAUUUUUUAAAAUGUUUCCCAUUUCUUUUUGAUGUACAUAUUUAUACGAUUUAUGUAUUAAAUGCUCAGAUAUAGAUGGCGCUGGUGUUACGAUCAUUAUAAACGACAUAGAACCACAGAACUAUAUAAAAACCCAAGAUACAAAAUUGUAAACUAAAAACCUUUAUACUCAUUCAGUGAUGUUGACCUAAUAUAUGUAAGAUUAACGUGUCAAAAUGUUUUUUUUUUUUACAAAUUUUGUAAUAAAGCUACCUCUACAUGUGGAGUUUCACAUUUAGGAUAAAUAAUGUACGCCACUCUUGUCGUGUUACCGAUAACUACUUGAUCUAUUUAAUUAAGGCCAUUUCUGGGUGUAGCUUUUGUAUGGUAGUCUCGAAUUUUUACGCAAAACCAAUAUUGUAACUAUUAUGACGAAUAAAGUAUUUGUCAUCCUGAACAUUUAAAAAUUGCAAAAGUAAUAAAUUGUCAUUUUUUUCGUCUAUUUUAAUGAUUGUAAUAACAGUGUACGUUGAAGGGGACAGUUUAUGGGAAAGAAUAGUUAGGAAAAGCCAUUGACUUGUUAUAUGUGAAUGCUAAAAACAUAUUAGUAAACUAAUACUAAGAAAUUGAAAGUUGACAUAGCUAUGUUUCCCCGCAAAAUUAUCUAUCUCUUUGAUGUGUAAAAAAUAAUAAAAAAUAUCCGCCUGAUUCAGCAUCGUCAAAACUUCUAUAAAGUUGGUCAUGUUGACUGAUAUGAAUAUGUAAUUAAUUUUUUUUUUUAUUUAUUUAUAUUAAUAAUUACAAUUUAAAUACAGUUUACACAAAAUUAUUUCAGUAGCCGAUUCCAAAUAAUCUUGAAUGCUGAUGUACAAUACUCGCAACUAAAAAACUAUAUAAAAAAUCUUUGUAAUAAUAUGUAAAUGGAGAUCAAAUUAUAUAAAAUUUAUUGAUUUAAACAAAAGCGUUUAUUUAUUUCUACUUAGUAUGUUUAUUUAUUCUUAUUUAAUUGAUGGCUCGUGACGAUGUCAAUUUAUAUGUAAUACGAGUCGUUUAUAAUGUUAAAAACCGUUGGGUUACCAACGAGGUGAUUUGAGAUCUCACGCCGAUAAAUUUCUUCUAAUCAUAAAUACCAGGAGGGUUAAAAGCCGAUUUUACACGGGCCAUAAUAGGAUUUGCUUUGCAUAUCCUGCCGAAUUUAAUAGGCCUCUCGCGCUGUAAUCUCUAUAUUAACCGAUUAGAUCAUUUACAUCUAAGGGUUAUAUUAAGCAAAACCUAUUACGAUUCGUGUACAAUACUAACAAUAAAUUGGGCAAACGCACAUUGCUUUUGGACGCUAGUUCUUAUUUUAAAUUUAAAAAAAUGUGUGAUCAAAAUUCUCUCGUUGUAUCGUAUAUAUAGUAAUAUAGUUAAAUAUUUACCCAAUACUUGUACAUGAUAUUGACAUUUUGAAACAUUCCAAAUUUCUUACAGUCCGUAGAGCAUAGUCGACGCCAAUAACUAGUUUAUUAGAUAUUGCCCUCUAUAUAUUACUAUGUAACUAUACAAAAUGCCCCUUGUGUUUUAAAUCGAAACUGUUUAAGAAUUUUUUACUUUGUUACUUUUAUACUGAUUUGAACUACGUACAUAAAAAAUAUAAUUGUAGUAUAAUUAUUAUUUUUAAGAAAAUUUUGAAUUGUAUUCAUGAAACAAAAGUACAUUGCAUUGUGUUUGUCACUUUAUAUUAGAUAGAAUUACAGAGAGGAUGAAACACCUCAAUAGCUAUAGGUUAUGGGCCACUACUAUAUUUUUGUAACGGUGGUGCCCUCUGAUGCCGAGUUUCUAUAUCGACUUCAUAUAGUAUACGUUUAUACGUUAAACAUUUAACGUUUUGGGAUAUUGUAGCAAAAUGAUUUCUUUUUGUAAUAUAUAGAUAUACAUCUUAUACAGUUUCGAGCAGCAAAUACGGGGCCAUACCAUAGUGAUGCUUUUUCUCGAGAUAUUUCGUGUUGAGUGUACAUUAUGUAAAUAUUUUUUACACAACGCUAUAUAGAAAUGUUAUUUUUAUGUAUAAAAUAAAGUUUUUUUUUUUGGCGAUUUUAUCGUAUUGUUGCAUGCUUUACAAUGUUGAUGUUCAUCGGACUAGUUUAUGUUGAAAUAAAGUAAUAUUAGUGAAUUUAAUCGUUUGAAAAGCAAUAUUAGCGAAAAUGUCUCAUGGUAAAGAGGUAAUUGUUGCCUAUACGAAAGCGGUUCGUAAAAGAGAUUAUGGAUUUGUAUUCUAUAAUGAUGUUUUAUUUGUUAGACUAUUUUUGAAUCGAAAACUCUGAUGGGUGAAAGUCAUGUUGUUUAAUUUUUUUUUUGAUGGGGUUUUGGAAUUAUUCUCAUAUUCUGCUAAGUAUUCAAUAAAUUAUAUUUUAUUUUAUCUAUCAAUCUCUAGGUAGGUAUAAUGUAAAAAUGUCCAGAGAACAAUAGUCCCAUGAACAAUAACUGUAAUUCACGACAGGUGUCGUUGUCUCAACACUUGUUCGGAACAUUGUAUGAUACAUACCUAAUGUUUUUACUGUAUUCAGUCUCUCCUAUCAGAAAUUUGUGAAAGUAUUUUUACGUUGCCGGCUAUGGAUUGAAAUAAAUCAUUACAAAUUUA